GAUAGGAAAACGCUUUAGGGAACCAUCUCUAGCAACAGCUGUUCCGUUGUGUAACUAAAUAGUACAUUUCUUUUUGCACACCAAAAUGUCCGCAUCCGCCGCCCGUGGCUCGACGUCGCUGCUGAAGCGCGCCUGGAACGAGAUUCCCGACAUUGUCGGCGGAUCGGCCCUGGCACUCGCUGGCAUCGUGAUGGCCACCAUUGGAGUGGUCAACUACUACGCCAAGGAUGGAGAUAACCGCCGCUAUAAGCUGGGAUAUGUGGUGUUUCGCCACGACGAUCCCCGUGCCCAGAAAGUGCGAGACGAUGAGGACGACUAGAAGCGGAGUUCCCCCGGAAAUCCAGAUGACAGUUUCCCUCUCAGCUUAACUACUUUUUUGUUUCUGCUAUUAGCUAAGUAAAACAAAUAACUCAA